GAUUUUCCUUGGAGGGGGACUUUAUUAAAAUGCAGCAUCCUCAACCUCUGAACACCACACAACUCAGCAGUGAAGCAGUUAAAGCCGGUCCUGGGUUUCUCGGGUUUCAGGGGCAGUACCCUCCACAGCAGCAGAUCCUCCAGGAGUCCGCCAGGCAGGAGCAAGAGAGGAGAAACCACAGGAGAGGUGAGGAGCAGAGGAACCACCUGAAAAGAAGGGGAGAUGAAGCAAAGGAUAGAGGAGAACACAGAGCAGGAGUUUCAGGGAAACCAGUGAGCUGAGCAGCAGCUGGAGAUGCAGCAGAGACUCCCGACAGAUUCAGAGGAAAGAAGACAAGAGCGCCACAGGGGGAGCAGCACAGGUCUGAGGAGCUGACGAAGGCUGAAGGAAGAAGGCGGGAGUCUUUUGAAAAGUCCUGACAUGAAUGACAGGUUGUCUGAAUCCUGACUCGUCUGCGGGGGCUCAACACUUCAUCAGAGUGCAGCUGAGAGGCCGAUGCAUCCAGAAUGCUAAAGCAAGUGCACGACUUCCAGGGCCAAAGUUUUGGGAAGCUGCGGCGAAGCUGUCUGCGCCGAGGCGCGCUCUUCAAGGAUCCACUGUUCCCCGCCUCUGACCAAUCCCUGUUUUACAAGAGAGCGUCCCCGCCAGGGCUGACCUGGAAGCGACCACGAGAAAUAUGCAAAGACCCUCGCCUGUUUGUGGAUGGCAUUAGCACUCGUGACUUGCACCAAGGCAGUCUGGGUAACUGCUGGAUGGUGGCAGCCAUUUCUUGCCUGGCCUCUGAGCCGUCUCUUUGGAAGAAGGUCAUUCCUGACCAUGUGGAUCAGGAGUGGAACCCAAAGCGUCCUGAAUUGUACGCCGGGAUCUUCCACUUUCGGUUCUGGCGCCUUGGUCACUGGGUGGAUGUUGUGGUGGACGAUCGGCUGCCAGUCAGCAAAGACGGAGUGCUGCUUUUCUGUCGCUCUGCAACGCCGAGGGAGUUUUGGAGCGCCCUGUUGGAGAAAGCGUAUGCUAAGCUGAACGGCUGCUACGAGGCGCUGGAGGGUGGAAACACUGCGGAAGCUCUCAUCGACUUCACCGGUGGCGUUUCGGAGCCUCUCAGUCUGGAUCGCGAAACCCUGAAUCUACACAGCAACCAGAGGAAGGAGCUCUUUCACAGCUUAGCCAAAGUCCAUGAGCGUAAAGCCCUCAUCACCUGCUCUAUAAGGCCUGCUGAUGGGGAGACUGUGGAGUCCGUGCUGGACUGUGGGCUCGUGCGAGGACAUGCCUACGGGAUGACAGCGGUGAGGAAGAUCUGGCUGAAGACAUGCGAGAUGUCCCGGGUCUUUAUGGUGCGGAUGAGGAACCCGUGGGGAACUUCGGAUUGGAAGGGUGCCUGGAGUCAGGGGUCAGAGCAGUGGCAGCGUCUGACUCGUGCAGAGAGGGACAAAAUGGGGCUCAUAGUUCGAGAUGUUGGGGAGUUCUGGAUGGAAUUUCAUGACUUCUGCCAGUACUUCACGGAUCUGGUGGUGUGCCAACUGGUGGACAGAGCUCUGCUGUGGCCCAGAUCACACUGGAGGGAAGCGCAUUGUUACGGAGAAUGGACUCCUGCCCCCCCCACCACUGAAGCACCUCUGGCCACCAUCAACCGAGGCGACGUGGCUCUGAUCCCGGGUAAAAACGACUUGAAGUAUGGGAGGACCAAGCAGGAAGCGAACCGAGAAGAAGUUGGUGAGAACAGCAACAGAAAAAAGAGAAAGUGCGACCCGGAUAAGAACAGGAACAACAUCAGAAGGGAGAAAGAUGGAGGAUUCCUGGAAGUCAAUAGGAGGAGUCGAUGUGGAGGCUGCAUCAACCACAGAGACACGUUUUUACUGAAUCCUCAGUUCAUGUUUGAGAUCCGGGGCAAAGAGGAGGAGGUGCUGAUCUGUCUGCAGCAGGAGGACAGGAGAAUGUGGAGGAAAUGUGGAGGAGGAGAAAACCUCCCUAUUGGCUUUGAGGUUCUGAAGGUGGAGGUAAACCGCUGCAGCCGGGUGCAGUGUGUGUUGGAGCAGGCGGCCAGCUCCAUCUACAUGGAUUCUCGUAGCGUGACGUGGAGGGGAACUCUGACUCCUGGUCGCUUUGUUGUCCUUCCCACCACCUUUCUGCCGGGCACCACCGGACACUUCCUGCUGCGCCUCUUUACUCACUCCCAUGUCAAACUCUGGGAGCUGAGAGAAGAGCUGCCUGCUCCCUCUCUGUUGCAGUGUUUGCUGCCUCAACCCUCAGUGGUGACCACAGUACAUCUCCGCAGGGCGUCAGGGCUCAGCCCUCACAAACAGACAGCUCCUCACAUUUACGCUGUUGUGCGCUGUGAAAGCGAUACGGUCAGGACGCCACUGUUCAAGGAGGAGGGGAACCCUGAGUUUAACCUCAGAGCCAUCUUCUACAGAAGAUACCCCGAUGCAUACAUCUCUGUGGAGCUAUGGUCCAAAGGUCUGCUGUGGGACUCUCUACUCGGAGAAGCUCACCUCCACACCUGUGAGUCCGAGAAGAGCCGGAACCACGUGAUCGACUUGCAGCACCGCCGUCCUCGCUCAAGGUUCAUCGGUCGCAUCUACAUCGAGACGUCUUCCAGCAUCUGCCUCACCGAUCUAUGACAGGAUCCACCUGGUUGGAAUGGCAACUUCUGUUCUCCCAACCGGGAUUUGAUGAAGACAGUUGAUGACAUAGUUGUAUUUUCAUACAGACAAUUGAUUUUGUAUGAUUGUUAUUCUGGAAUAAAUACUUUUUUGCAUCAUGAUAUAAGUACAUUUGUUUUCAUUGAAGAGACGUCAUGUCUGGGUUCACCAGAUCAUUCCGAGUCUCUCCUGGCAAGAUGUACUACACUCUUUCAGCGGGAGCUGUCCCUGAAUAACAACCUUUAUAAGUGUUACUUCCAUCUGAGUUGUCCAGUUUUGAGCAUUACCCCAAGAGGGGAAAAAUAAAAAUAAAACUAGAGGAUCUUUUUCUAUGAGAAAAUAAGAAAAACAUCAUAAGCCCAUGGAGCUCUUGGCAAUGGCGCUCGCUUGCUCUACCGGACCCUGUGUCGCAUAGCUCGCUUGUUAGCUUCGUAGUCCAACAGACAGCUGGCUGCCUGGCUGAUGGAGAGGCGUCGCGGGUGCAAUCAUAGCGGAUGCAAUCGCUCCAGCUCCGUGGGGUCUGUGACUGGCUAGCGACCUUUCCAGGAUGUAUCCCGCUUCCGCCCAACAGUAACUGGGACAGUCUCUCUGGCAACCCCAAGACCCCAACGAGUCGAGAAAAUGGAUGGAAGUUCAGGGUGAAAAUCCCUACGUUGAGCGGCCAUAUUGGGUUUAUUUUUUUUUGCCCGCUGAUCGAAUCACUGAAAACAUCAAAGCUGAAUCUCUGAUUGGUUGACGUGCCGCAUCAACCUCGCCGACCUCUGAUUGCAUCUGUACAUUGACUCAACAUUGAAACUCGAACCCCUUGCCAAGCAAAUUGUGUCCAACCAACUCAGCCAUCCUGUCUUUAUAAAUUAAAU